AUGGUGAAGACCCACAUGUCAUACAAGAGUAUAGUCCGCGAGUAUGGAGAGGAGGCAGAGGAAGGCAACUUGCUUGAGCUUCUGGAGCGCUUCCAGAAGAUGUUUCAGCCCAAGCACACAUUGCGGCCGUCGGGUGGGCGCAGGAGGUUUGAAAGCAGCGUGAAGAGCAUACGGGUUCACAUUUCCCUGGCCAAGGUUUACGACGCCCCUCUGCGCUGGCAGCAGGAAGCGGUAGCACAGCAGUCUGCACCCCCGCCACCGCUCGGAGGCGUUCCAGGCUUGCAAACAUUCGGCGCUCCUAUUGCUGGGCCAGGACGCGGCUUUCAGUGGCCCCGACAGAUGGGCAGCCCCUUUGCUGGCUCAUCGGAAGGGGUGUUUGGGGCCACCCCUGCUGGAAUACAAAGCCAGCAGUUGCCAGAAAUCGUGAUCGAGAUGACUCUUCAGGACUUCCAUGGAAAUCUUUUGUUCAAGCGGACCGAGCGAGCACAGCAAUCUACUGAUCCAGACAUCAAUCAGAUUCUGGAGCUUCCCCUCCAUGCAGCUGGCAUAGCCGGAAAAGAGGAGCUCACCCAAGAGAAUCUGAUCAAGUAUAGCGGCGAGCUCACCAUAAACGUUUUCGAUGAACUGUCGCAGAGACUGCCCGGAAGUGGCCAGGAAGUGCGAGUUCGAACUCAAUUGCGCCACCUUGGCAAGUUCGUCUUGCCGUGGGAUACUCUGUAUGCUGCGAAGUGCAGCGUUAAGGGACACUUUCCCGUCGAUCAGCACGUGGUGCUCUUCGGAUACCGUCCCAAAUCAGAGAAGCAGCGCCCGCCCGCACCCGUACCAGCAGAAGGUGCUCCGCCGCCGCCGCCAGCCAGCCAAGCAGCGAAGACGAUGUGCCUGGGUCUGGAGGUCACGGUGGACCCUCCGCUCGAGCAUCCAACACGAGUGCAACCUCAGAUUACCCUGGGAAAGGAGCCCAACAUGAUGCUCAAACAUGUCCAGAAAUGGCACGAUUUGCUCAAGUCGCGGCGUGAUUCACGUAUACUGGCAUUGGGCACAGAUGUUGAUGGUCGCUCGUGUCUGAUCUGCCGCUUCAUUCGACCACAGAAGCCGCCAGAUAUCCUGCCCGAGAAUCCGUUUGCAAUCGAAAUGGCUGCAAGAUACGUAUCGAUGAUUCCCUCGCUUCAGGACAAUGAAAUGUGGAACGUGGAAGACCUGUGGUGCACGGACCAAGAGUUCCUGGACAUUCAAUGUGGAGACUGGGAGGAGCAUUGCAUACUGCUGUGCAACUUCUUCAAUUACAUCGACCGCUAUCGACGGGAAUGCGUAGGAGGAUACAGCACCUCAGACAUUCAGCAGCGGCCUUUGAAGCUCUGUGUCCACGACCCGGUGGUCCCUGCCUGCGCUGAGGCCUGUGACAAGGCCCUGAUGCAGGCCUCGGCCUGGAGGCCCCUGGCCUCUGCCUCUCCCUCCCCCGGUCGGCCACGUUUUAUUCAGAGCCGUGAGGGCUUCAACUGGCGGCCACAUGUGCUUGGUCCUAGCAAGGCAAAGAGGGGGAGGUUGAGUGACGGAAGGCUUCUGUCAUGGAAGUCUGCAGCCCAGGGCACCGUUACAGAGGCUUCAAGGCUUGGCCCCGUGACAUUGUGGACAUUGCUUGCCAUAUCCUCUUUGAACCUCAUGAGUUUCACGGCGAUGUUUCCGAUUACGCCUAUACUCAUGAAGCGCUACUCCAUGAAGUCGGAGAUUGGGGUCGGCUUGGUGGCAUCGUCCUUUGCACUGGGGCGCUUUCUCACAACCUCGUGCUGGCCGAUUCUGAGCGACUUCAUUGGCCGCAGGAAGGUACUGUUCAUGGCCUUGCUGGGAGGUGUGGUUGGCUCUGCCCUGCAGGGUGUGGCCAUAGCAUGCUGUUGGCCCUUUGCAGCUUUCCUCGUUGUCAGAGGUGUCUCCGGAAUGUUCAGCGGAAUUGUACCCGUGGUGAAGGCCUACAUAGUGGAUGCCUUCGAUGCAGAAGAGGUCCCUAAGGUCUUGGCAUACAGAGAAGCGGCUGGGACAAUGGCGUUCAUCAUUGGCCCAGCUCUUGGGGGAGCGCUCGCCUCAAGGACGCUCUCUGCUCCGAUGUUUUUCUCAGCGUGCACCGGUGCACUUGCAGCUGUCCUGGCGCUGAAAGUUCUUCCGGAACCGAUCCAGCGAAGGAGUGGAAAAGGGCCAAAGAAGUCCACCACUUCUGCUGGAGCAAGAUCUCCUGUGUUAGCUGUGACCUUGCUGUUCUGUUCGUUUCUGUGGGCCUGUACAAGGACUUGUUUUCACGCCUACUUCCCACUUCUCUUAGCGCGCCGAUAUGCGCUUGCCCUCACAAACAUGGGAGCUGUGCUCACGGGCAUCUCCUUGACAAUAGCUGCGGUGCAGAUAGCUGGCUUCGAACGCUGCCGCCAAAGACAUGGACUGGAGAUCACGAUGGUCCUUGGUGCAUUGCUGGUUCUGGCCGGGCUGGGUGCUCUCUUCAGCCUUCCUGUCGGCACUUCCCUUUCCGGAGUCUUCGCAUGUGGUGCCGUGUACGGUGCAGGCUGCGCGCUUGUCUCGCCGGCUCUGCCUUCGCUCUUAGUACAGACGGCCCCGCAGGGCCGAUGUGGCGCCCUCUUGGGCAUCGACUCGGCCAUCGUGAACUUCGGACGCAUUGUGGCCCCAUCGGUCUUCGGCCUGCUGUAUCGAAGCGAUCAAGAGUUCACCCGGACCGUUCUGGCAUCCAAGAUAGUCGCAGUUGCCAGUACAGUUGGCUUUCUGGCCUUGUUGGAGUCUGUGUCCUCGUGGUACCGAAGGGGCUUGGAGCUCGGAAGCUGCCUUUCAGACUUUUCGUUUCUAGGGACGGACCGCCUAUGGUCAUAUCCGUCAGUGAAAAUCCACGGAAUGACUGGACUGGAUGGACUGUCUGAGACGGAAGACGACGCAGCGCAGCCUGACACGCAGCAGGCAUCAGUGCUGAAGGCCCCCUGGCAGAAAUCACACUUGGCACUUGGCAGAGGAGCCUUGCAGAGCCGUGCCUUACGUGAGGCGAUGACUUCCAUACCGAUUCGGAAAGUGUCUGGGCCAACCUCCAAAGUCGGUGAGCGGGCUAAAAGUGCCCACAAAGGGGUUGCAGCCUUGUCCUGGGAUCUCGACGAUGCAAGACGCUGGAAGCCGCUGUUUGCACGCGGGCGUGAGGAUUUGAGGAGGUUAUCGGGACUUCCACCAGAUCCGACAGGUGAGGAUGCUCUCGUCAGAGAUCUCUCCAAAGAGUGGCGCUUAGAGGAUCCGUCCCAGGCGCUGACCUUCCAGCCGAAAGAUGAGCCACAGGCUGCGCGCUUAGAGAACAUUUUCCAGCUGCAGCUGGAGCAAGACAUCAUCGAUCAUCGCGCCGGUCUCAAAGGCACCAUUGUCAAGGACAGCAGGAGCACAAAGUUCAACCAUGUCAUCGCUGACAGGCUGGGCCAGCUCCUGGAAGGGUUGGAGACCCUGGCAAACAGUGCCCGCCGAAGUGGUCACGAGUCGGGCUUUCCCCUGAAGUCGCAUGCGACGCCACCGGUCACGCUUGAGGCCAUCGACGCGCAAAUGCACGAAAUCGAGAACGAUUUCAGGAGGAUGGGACGGCCUGGGCGUAGUGUUUUCGGCCUGCCCUUCAAUGAGCCGUACAAAGACUACAGCCUCAUCUGGGAUGCCAUCUACCAGUCUCGCAUCUUGGAGCUGGGUGGAGACCAGGCCGACUAUGCGCUCAAGGUCAGGAUCUUUCCUUAUGCCGCAGGGGUGCUGAGCAUUUGGGUCUUCAUUGCCGCAGCAAUGGACGUGUAG